AUGGAUAACAAGGUAGAACUGUACCAUGAGUUUUUAAAUUUAAUGGAAUCGACCAACUACCACGAUGACUUGAUAACAAUCACCUCAGAAGAAGCCACAUUACCAUAUACCAACCUGCCCCUCAACUUAAACUUGCAUUUGAACAUAAAUUCGUACUACGACAUGUUGACGGGGACAGGUGAAUGCACAUUUGAUUCGAAGUUAUAUAGGAUACAGAAAAGUUACGACGAGUGUCCGGGUCUACAGCUGCAUGUGGGCGAGGAUAGAAUCUAUACGGGCAUAGAGUUUGAUGUUGAAGAACACGAAGAAGAACUACUCAGCGAAAUAGAGUGUGAUAAUCCAGUGGUACCAGGAUUGUUUCCAGCAAUGAACGUUGAUGACGAACGCCAAUUUAUCAAAUUUGACAAGCUACCCAUUGUUCCUUCAUAUAUUUCUAAGUAG